GAUUAUAGAAACUGUUCUUAAGUUAGGUGGGGAGAGCGAUUUUUGCACCGACUUCCUGUCUCCUUGCUUGGCCGCUUUGCAACAAACCUUCUUCUCUGCAAGCGCCUGGUGCUAUGGUGUUUGGCUUUUCCGUGGCACGCGAGCAAAUAAACUUUUCAGCUCGGUAACAAGUAUGGCGACUGCAAGGGGACUCUAAAUCCAACUGGGUACUUUUGCCGGUGGCUGCUUUGCCCCGUGUGGGGGACUGGGUUCCGAACUCUCUCCGCGUGGCAGAAUCAACCUUCGGUGCUUUCUAGUUUUACUUUGGGGCAGAGAAACUUGUUUGGGGUUCGGAAGACAUCCCUUGGGUGAGUAAUCUCGGUACAGAUGACUGACUGCUGAUAAUUUUCUUUGUGUUCGACCUCAGCCGAGAGGCCUUGGGUAGGGAAUUUUCCCUUUGGUAGAAAGGAAAACAGGAGUUAUGCUCACAGAGGUUCUCUUGGCUAUUUGGAUUUCUUGGAAAACUUGUCUGUGUGAGAGUGGCUCUGUGUGACCUGCUGAGAAUUAGUAUUGCAAAUACGAAGACAAAAUGGGAAAUAAAAAUUCAGUCCCAAAGUAUACCCCCUUGGGCUGCAUCCUUCGGAACUGGGCAGUGCUCACCAAUGAGUUUAUGACAAAGAAAAAGAUGAUAUUUUUCUGUAAUACUGCCUGGCCACAAUAUUCCCUGGAUUCGGGAGAACGAUGGCCUGAGAAUGGUUCGUUAAAUUAUGAUACUAUCUUGCAAUUGGAUUUAUUUUGCAAAAGGGAAGAAAAAUGGUGGGAGAUCCAAUAUGUACGAUCUUUUAUGUUAUUAUACCAGAAUAAGGAAAUUCAGAGAAAAUCAGUGAUUUGGGCGCAAAAGCAGAGUCCCCAGAAGAAUGUAAUUUCACCUGAUUCUCAUGCUAGGACAGAUGAUUCAUUACCCAUUCCGUUAAAUACUGCCACUCCGUCACCUCCGCUUGGAGGGCCCCGGGCCAUUGUCCCAAGGCAUUCGGCAUCUCGGGCCCCAACUCCAUCCCCUUCCCCUCCGGAUGCCGCAGGACCGCUAGUGGUCUCUCCCUCUCAUACCUGCCAGGUUACCCCGUUGGACCAGGGGGCCACCCAAAUUCAGGCAGGGAGAUUCCCCUUGGGUCAGCCGCUGAUCAGAGUUUACGGGAACGGGCAGCCACACGGUUUCAUCUUUGUGCGUCCCCUGUUUUCCACCUCCGACCUGUUGAAUUGGAAAACCAACAUGCCUCCUUACCUAGAUGACCCUAUCAAAAUGGAGAAUUUUUUUGCCUUGAUUUUUGCUACCUACGACCCAACUUGGGCAGAUAUUCAGACCCUCCUAAAUUUCUUCCUCACAUCAGAGGAACGUAGUAUGAUCUUAGAACAGGCUCGCGCUGAAGCUGAUAAGAUGCACGAGGAAGCUCCGUAUUCUCCCGUGAGAGCUUUCGGAUACUUGGCCAUACCCACAACCGACCCUAGAUGGAGCCCUAAUGAUGUGGGGGAUAGAGACAAACUUGAGCAUUACCGGAGCUGCAUCCUUAAAGGGCUGAAGAAUGGAGUCCCAAAACAAAGAAGCUUAAAUAAAAUUCUGCAGGUUAGACAGAAGCCUGACGAGGACCCCUUUGACUACUUGGAAAGAAUGUUUAAGGCUUAUCGGCAGUAUGCUGGUAUAGACCCGGAAGCUCCAGAGAAUAUACAAAUGGUAAAUGACACCUUCAUAAGGCAAGCUGCCCCUGACAUUCAAAAGAAAUUGCAAAGAGUGAGAGGGGCUUUAGAAAUGCCUACAUAUCAGUUGGUUGAGAUUGCUGUCGAUGUUUUCCGAAACCGAGACAAGGUCCGGCGGAAGGAGGAAGAGCGCAGGAGGCGGCAGGAGGCGGCCUUGCUGGCGGAUGCCCUGAGGCAGGUGUGGUCAGAACCUCACCAAUGUCCAUACCAGCCUGGUGCCCGUCCCAAGGUAAGAUACCCGAGGCCCUCAAAUUCGAGAUCCAGAGGCCACCCCACUGUAGGACCACACCAAUGUGCCUAUUGCAAACGAGAGGGACACUGGAAAAAGGAGUGCCCCUCUCUGAAUAAGUAUUGAGAAGGUGACUACUAGCCAACCUUCCCGAUGCCCCCACUCCCCUGCCCUCCCCCUAUAUCCCCCACAAGAACUAUCCAGAAUCCAUGGGGCCCAGAGACUCCUAACAGCCCUACAGCCUUCACUGAAAUUUCCCACGUGG